CUAGACACGGAAGCCCGUUAAGCCAACGCUUCUUCCGUCCACAGCCAUUUGAACCAUUUGGACUAUUUGACAGUGCUCUUUUUAAACAUUCGCGCUUCGUUGAUACUCAUGGCUUUCUAGGGUCCUACCCAAUAAAGUUGGUCACGUCUUCAGGAUCUGCACAAAAAAUGUUUGUGUCAAGCAGUAUUCAUGCUAAUCAUGCUGAUUUAAUUCAUGAUGUAGCCUAUGAUUUCUAUGGUCGACGUAUGGCAACUUGUAGUAGUGAUCAAAUGAUUAAAAUUUGGGAUUUAAAAGACAAUGAAGAAUGGGUAUGCACUGCUUCAUGGCGAUGUCAUUUAGGAUCAGCAUGGCGUGUUACUUGGGCACAUCCUGAAUUCGGUCAGGUUAUCGCUACCUGUUCAUUCGAUCGUACAAUAGCUGUAUGGGAGGAAAUAGCAGGCACUCAAACUAUAACUAGUGGUGGUGAAAAUGAUGGUGGUAAUAAUCAAACUCCUUCAACUGUAACAAACGUUGCAUAUGGAAGUCAGUCAGCAAACACUAAUUGGAUAAGACGUGCCUAUCUUGUUGAUCCACGUACUUCUGUGACUGGUCUACAGUUUGCUCCAAGACAUCUAGGUCUUCAGUUGGCUGCUAUUUCUACAGAUGGCAUGUUGCGAAUUUAUGAAGCACUGGAUGUUAUGAAUUUAAGUCAAUGGCGUUUACAGUUUGAUUUCGGUACAAAAAUGGCUGGAUCAUGCUUAGCAUGGUCUCAGUCACGUCUUGAUCCACCUUUAAUUGCUGUUGGCAGCGUUAGUCCUAAUGAUCCAGAUACUGCGGAUAAUUCAGACAGUUUACCAGCACAUCAUUCUAUGUCUCAUUCAACAACGCAUCCAACAAAUACUCUAGUGAACGGUAAACUUAUCAUUUAUGAAUAUUCUGAAGUUAGAAGGCAUUGGUAUCUUGUGGAAGAUGUACAUGCACUGAAUGAUCCUAUUUACGAUGUUUCAUUCGCUCCACAUAUGGGUCAAUCAUAUCAUACAUUAGCUGUUGGAUCUAAAGAAUUGUAUAUAUUAAGAAUUAGACCGUUUAACUCCAAUCAGUCGUCUAGUUCAAUGAUGAAAAGUAAGUUAAAUAUUCACAUUUUUUAUACAUGACUGUUUUUUAAGAACUGGGUUCGCCCAUAAGUAUCUUUUUAAAAUACCUUACUCUAUCUGUUUAUCAUUUUAACUAUCAUUUAGAGCUGGAGAUAUAAUUUUGCAUAACUUCAUGUGAUAGUUUAUACUUUUAAAUUUGUCAAUAAGUUGUAGCCAAGUGCAAAUAACAAAUUAUGAAGAAUAUCAUAAAUUCUUUAAAUUUCACCAGUUUCUGUCUAGUUGUAUCAAAAGUAAAUAAAUAAAUGUUAACCAUUACUUACAACUUCGAUUAACAUACUAUUCACUUGAUCCAGCUAAUAGUACAUUCUAUGGUCUCGAUCUGUAUAAUAGACGUUAAUCUUUUAAGGAAGCGGUAGUUUGACAAAAAUUUCGGUUAGGUAACCAUUUGGAAUCAAAAUAUAAUGAAAAGUUCAUUUAUCCAUUUUCUUAUGGAUCAUAUUUGUUCAGUAUCAAAUUAUAAUAUAUUUAAAUUUUUAAAAAGGUACGUUUUAGCCACGUAUACGCAACAAAUAAACUCUAUAAAUGUAUUUUGUUGCCUUUCUAAUCACCAACUUGCUCAAAAUAAUUCUUUGAUAUAAAAAUAUAUGGUAUCAAAUGUAAUAACUGCUUGUAUCGUUUUAGGUAAGGAUUUAAAUCCUAACUUAUAAUAAUGUAAAUACCAUACCGACUGUACAAUCUAUUCUCUAUUUAAACUCACUAUCUGAAUAGACUACCCGUUUGGAGUGUUAAAGGCAAAAGAUACUGGGUUUAUCAACACUGAAAUUCAGAUACGUUCAGUUGCUGAGUUCCAGUUACAAUGAAAGACACAUUGUGAACUACACUGCUAGUUAGAAUUCAUCAAUUUUCUUAAACUUGUGAUAACUUAUAUUUCUGUUUCUUUCUAGUCGACAAUUGAAAAUAUUCCACUUUAAAUUAACACUUCUUUCAAUGUAUAUUUAUAUGUAUAGGAAAAUGAAAAAUGAUAAAAAAUUAGAUAAAUUUUAAAUGAUCAUUUAUGGAGAAAGAACCCUUCAUUCUAACCAUUAAUUUUUUUCUAAACGUUGUUAUUAAACUUAUGUCAAUUGACGCAUUUUUGUCCCUUACUUAAUUUAGUUAUGGCUACUCCAGCAUUCAAGAGAUUUACCGUAAACUAGAGGCUAAACCAGUAGGUUAAGUUUAAAUGUUACUUCACUUCGGUCUAGGUAACCGGUUAAUAUCACUAGCUUGAAAUCGAGUAUAUAGAUGUGUAAAUAAGUUAAAUUACAUGAUGUGAAUAGUAUUUUUAAAGUCUCAGCGUUAUAACUUUCUAUUUCAUACUUGUUAUUUUGAUCUAUAAUGAAAAUAGUCUAUUAAUUUGAAAAAGAUUAACAAUAAGGAAGUUUAUAUAACGAGAUAAUUAAAAUAUUUUCCGCUUGCCACGAUAUGCUACUUUAAUAUGAUAAUGCACCCGGUAACCGAUAUUAUAUUACCGCUAGACUAGAUAUACGAUUCAUGACCAAACAUAGAGAACCAGAAUAAAGACUGAACAAUACUUUACUCAACACAGUUGUAAGCAGUUUACACUUAGCGAGUCCAGUGUGAAAAUCAAUGGUAAAAAGGAAAACAAAUUAUAUAGUCGGUAAGUUGUGGUCAGUCAUAUUCACUAGCCAUACAGUAGAAAUGCUUCGUCUUUUUCAAAAAAUUUGAAUGUCUUUUAUUAGAAGAAAGCGUAUUUAAUAAUACAAUGUCCCUAAAUUAACCUUCAUAACUAAACACUACUUUCCUACGAUUUUUCUUGCUGCUUAAUAGAUGAUAAUUCUAGUUCUAAUAAUUUGUCAUUGUCAAGAUCGAAUCUACCUAUACGUAAUCCGUAUGAAAUUAGAAUGAUGGCACGUUUCGAUCAUCAUGAAGGACGAGUUUGGCAUGUUUCUUGGAAUGUAACUGGUAACGUUUAACAAUGUUUAUUAUAGUUAAAAAGAUGUUUAUCUAAGAACCCAACUGAUCAGUUAUGUGAUGCUCUUUGAUUGUAUGCAAUUUUCCAAUUUACAAAUCAGUAACAAGUAGCUUCAUUAAAAUUUUGCAGCACAUUUUUGUGUGUUUAUAUGUCCACCUUUUCAUUCGUCGAUUUUGUUUGAAAUCUAAGAAUAUUAAUCGAAAUGUGGGCGUUAAUAACAAGUUUGACAUUGGUCCACUGUCUUAAUCAAAUUUUCAAGAAUUAGACCCCCAAUAAAACUACCUGUCUCGGUGUUGCCGCUCAGGCAGUAUCCCAGCCCACAUGUAGAUAUGUUUGUACAGCGCAUUAUAUUUUUGGUGCCCAGUUGUACCAGAUUUUAUGUGAAUUAGAAAAAUCGUAUAUACACAAAUAUCCUAGAAUAGGUCGAAUGUAUAAAUCACGACACUAAAUUUUGUCUUGAAAUAUUGUAAUAUUGACACCAAUCACAAACUUUUGCCAACCUGCAGUCAAUGAAUUUUCUUUUUUUUUGGAAAAACAUUCAUCUCAUUCAUUAGGUUCUUUACUUGCAUCGUCUGGCGAUGAUGGUUGUGUACGGCUUUGGCAAGCUAAUUAUCUUGGUGUAUGGCUUCCAGUUUCAGUUAUUAGUCCAGACGGUAGUCGUUGUGCUACAAUACCUAAUGGACAAAAUAGUCUAUCAAAUUGUAUAUUAAAAUCAUGUUCUUCAGGUCCACUGAAGCCAUCAUCUGUCUCAUCAUCAGCCUCACCUAUUCGUUUAUUGAAUUCCACAACUCAAAUCAAACAAAAUGAACAUGUUAUGGAUCAUACUGAACAAACGUCAAACACUAAUCUACCUAAAGGGUCCCUUCACGGAUGUACAGUUCCAUUUCAGAAAUUAGCUCCAAUUCCAAAUCCAAAUCAACCUGGUGUAUGGCAUUAAAUAAAUUAAAACUUUAGAUGCGUUUAUUUUAUGUUUUACAUUGUAUAUUUCUUUUUUUUAUCACUUCUGUUAAAUAGAAUAUCUAUUGUUGUAACAAAUACAAGAAAUGAAUUUAUAAUGACAAAAAUAAAAAUAAAUUACAACCAUAUUUUGUGUAUAAUACUUUUCUUAUCGUUGACAUUGUUUCUGCGAUAUGCGAUUGAGUCCAUCUGUUGAUCAAAUAAGUUAUUAUUUCUUCUAUGGCGUUGGAAAUUGCCGUCAAAUUUUUAGUUUUUCACUAGUUAUGAAUGCUUAUAGUAUGUAAAUGUGGUAUGUUGAUCUUGUUGUAAUAAAACUCAGACAUAAAACUAGGUACUUGGGGAUGAAAAAACAUUAUAAAAACAGUGAACAAUAAAUAGGAAAGAUUCGGUAUGUAAUUUAAAACUGUUACAUUCUACUAGCAAAUCUGUAUCAUAAUUGAAAGCAUUGUUUUCUUAUGACACAUCAGCUGCAUACUUGUGUUCAUUUACUUAUUUUGAUUGGGUUUAGUUACCUAAAGGUCUGUUAAACCUUAAAGUCGACAACGAAGGUUAUUAUUUUGUUAUUUCAUGAGUUAUAUAACCAUUUUCGUUAGUAUAGUCUUAUCUUUUCUGGUAAUGAUUUGUACUCACCAACUGAUUCGAUUGUGUUUUUCUACGAAGUCUAGGGUUAACUUCUUUCAAAGUUAAUAUAUACUACAGUAAUUCAGUAAGAUUUUGUUUUCUUCAUUCCUCAAUGUGCAUACAAGUCUAAUUUAUUGACUUAUAAUCUCUAUAUAUAUAACGCUUUAUGGCCUCUGUUUCCUAGUAAAAGUCCCACAAUUUUUCCAGAAAAUGGAUAAGUUUAGUGCAUUCGAUAAAUAAGGCCUUGUACAUAAAUACACUGAAUUCGCUCCCCCUCAUUAAUUACUGAUCAAUAAUAGAUUCGCUAAAGAAGGAAUUUAUUUAGAGAAAUGAGCAAACAAGGUGAACCAUAUAUGUGGUAAUGUGACGAAAUUGAGAAGGCUAGUACAUUCGGUUAACUUUAAUUUUACUCAAUAUCAAAUAUCUCAUCCAAUUACUCUACAUCACUGUUUGUUUAUGUUGAUUAAGUGUUUCGGUCUGAUUUUCUUCAAUGGAGAUGAUGUAAAUUCUCAGGGAAGAUUUUUUACCAUUUUAAUUUGUAAUUAAUGAUUUUUAUUGUAAUGCCCUGGUACGGCCGAGAGUG